AUGGCCGUCUCGGACAAGUUCGACGUCGUCGGGAACGACGACGACGACGACGACUUCUCGCCGCAACCGAUUUGGCAAGGAUCAAACGGUGGCACACCAUCGGAAGCCGGUAGAGGGAAUACGAUGCCACCGGCUAGACCGACCUCGCGCUCUGCAUCAUCGCUGUCGCCAAAUUCUAGUGAUCCGGAUCGCCGACUGAGACGACAAAUCGCUAACUGCAAUGAGCGACGCCGUAUGCAAUCCAUAAAUGCUGGAUUCCAAUCCUUACGAGCUUUGCUGCCACGAAAGGAAGGUGAGAAGUUAUCAAAAGCAGCCAUACUACAACACACUGCAGACCUUAUUCAACAACUUCAAAGCGAGCGCUCUCGUUACGCGGAUAAAGAUGAAGUUGGUGGAAAGAAACCAAAAGUCGAAAGUAGGUUUUUGUUUUUUAAGUUAAUUCCUCUAAGCUUUUAUUUCCUACAAAAAUUUUCUAACGGAUUUUGUUACUAA